AUGCUGACCCGCCGCGGCGCGUUCCGCCAGCGAGGCUUGGACCUCCUGCCCAAGAUCCAGACAAACAUCAGCCAGGUCGAGGCGGCCACACCAACAACAGCAAGUCCCGCCCACGACGUCGACGCUGAGCUGGCAGAGUUCAUCCGGAUCGACGACAGCUGCCUGGACUUCCUGACGCCGACGAGCGGUGUGUCGAGCUCCACUGCCGCCACAGUCACCGCCACACCCGGGGGCGACGACGACGUCCCCUGGCCGCGCCCGAUGGACCGCGACAUCCACGGGCGCAGCGAUUUAAAACGCACGGCGCCGCAAUGGGCCAUCCAAGUGAGAUUGGCGCUCAGCAGAGACUUUGAGCAGGACUCGACGACAGAUCACCAAUUCGGGCGGGAGGACGAGGGCCCGUGGGGCCAGCGGCGGCCGUCGGUCGUGGACCGGAGGUUCUCGUACGGGCGGAAGAUCCAGGCUGGGGGUGGCCGGCGCCCGUCGGACUUCAGCCUGAGGUCGCUGCCGCCGGGCCUGCAGGUCCCCUACGAGGAUAUACCGUUCGAGCUUGUUUUGUGUUCUGAGGAAGACAGCUUGUACAGUAAUUGA